GGCCUGCCCUCGCCGGCCCGUCUGGAGCAGCUGCAGCAGCAGCCCCAGGAGAGACUCGUCCAAGGACAGGCGUACCUGGCCAAGUUUGGCUGGGUGAGCCCGACAGAGAGCCGGUUCGGGUCGCUGCAGUCGCUCUCCUCCAAACUGGCCGAGUUUCAACAGUUCGCCGGUCUGCCCGUCACCGGGGUCAUGGAUGACGCCACGGUGGCUAAGAUGCAGCAGCCCCGCUGUGGAGUUCCCGAUAAGGCGGCCCCGCCCAAACGGCAACGUCGCAGGAAACGGUACGCCCUUCAAGGGUCCAGAUGGAGGAACAAGGCCCUGACCUACAAGAUCGUCAACUGGCCCAAGAACAGGGACCGCGAGCUGACCAGGAAGGCCAUCAGUGACGCCUUCCAGGCAUGGGCGGACGUCUCGGCGCUGACCUUCACGGAGAUCGCCGCGUCCACCAACAGCAAGGCAAACAUCGACGUCAGAUUUGAGUACGGCGAUCACGGCGACGGCGACGCCUUCGACGGCCCGGGCGGCACGCUGGCACACGCCUUCUUCCCCAUCUACGGCGGCGACGCGCACUUUGACAAGAGUGAGAGCUUCAUCGUGACGCCCGGCGGCCGGAACGGCGUGGACCUGUUCACGGUGGCGGCGCACGAGUUCGGUCACAGCCUGGGUCUGGCGCACAGCGAGGUGAACGACGCGCUGAUGGCGCCCUUCUACCGUCCGCCCGGGGUCAACCGGGACAUCAUCAAACAGGACGACAUCAAAGGCAUUCAGAGUAUGUACGGUCCGCCCGAGGAGCAGCCUGCUCCGGCGCCGGACACGGACGGACCCCCGGACACAGAUUCGGGCGGGGGCGGUGACGGGGGCGGCGGUGACGAGACGGACGGCGAGGACGGCGGCGGGGGCGAGGUGGACGCCCGGGAGUCCGAGAACGCCGCGCUCUGCGAGGACAGCUCCGUGGACGCCAUAAUCACCGUGUCGGUGAAGACCAGCCGCGAGACGUACGUCUUCAAGGGCGGCGACUACUGGCGGCUGACGGACAUCGCCGUGGCCGAGGGCUACCCGCAGAGGAUCGCCGACCGCUGGGGCGGCCUGCCGGACGACCUUGACGACGCCAUGGUGUACACCCCUAGACGGAACUCCAAGGAGCUGGUCUUCUUCUUCAAGGUAGGUACAGGAGACGAGGUGUGGCGGAUGACCAACCUGCCCACGGUGGACGAGGGAUACCCAAAACCCAUCUCGGAGGAGUUCCAGGGCAUCCCGAACGACAUCGACGCAGCGUUCACGUGGAAGCGAAACAAAAAGAUCUACUUCUUCAAGGGUGACCAGUACUGGCGGUUUGACUACGAGGCUGCCAAAUCUGGUGGCCAGGGUGUUAGCGAUAAAUACCCGCAGAAUAUUCGCGUGUGGAGAGGACUACCGGGCAACCUGGACACUGUGAACACGUGGAAAAACGGCAGGACCUACUUCUUCAAAGGGGGGUCCUACUACAAAAUACGAGACCGACCUCUGAGGCUGACCGGGGGGUACCCUCGCAAUACGGGUGAGUGGUGGUUCGGCUGUCCGGACAACCAGGGGUCCAUCCACCAGCAGCAGCCGGCCGCCAGCCAGCAGCGGGGAGACAUUUCGGCCGACGAGACAUACCGAGACACAGUUAUAGGGUACGGCGAGGGCGACACGCAGCCGCGGUACGGCGGCUCGGCGGGACUCACACGGCCGUCUGAGGUGCUCGCCAGCCUGCUGCCGCCGCUGCUGGCAGUUCUGGCAGCGAGGCAGCUCUGAGACGGCUGUAUGUGGGUGACACAGCAGCCUGCUGCUGCCGCUGCUGGCAGUCCUGGCAGCGAGGCAGCUCUGAGAAGGCUGUAUGUGGGUGACACUGCUACCGCCGCCACAGCUACCUCGGUACCAGCGCCGGCCGAAUGUAUCAGCAGCCC